CGGAGGUAAUAAAUCGUUAAAAGAGUUUCAAAUACUACUGAAAAACUCGGAGCAUAAAACAGAGAAAAACCAAUUCUUGUGCUUCUGAAUUUGGGUUUACUAAGAUGGCCAACCAUAAAAUAGUCUGAACAUUACGUUCUCCCAGUGCUAAUUCAAGUCUGCCCUCUAAUGGCCUCUUUAUGGGAAGUGUCCUUUGUUGUAAACUACCACACCUUAUACAAGGUUAAACAUUAUAACAGAGUUCAUAGGCGCUUAUUUACCAAUUUUAACAGGGGACAAAAUUCUCGCUGGAUCACCCGACUUGGCGAUUCCAAAAAUAAUACAUAUAGAUGUGAUCUUAUUGCGUGUGCUUCUCUCUUGCAAACCUGUAAAGAUGUGAGAUCAAUUAACCAGGUGCACGCCCAAGUUUUCAUAGCGGGGUUGUACCAAAAUAUCUUCUUAGGUAGCAAACUUGUGAAUAUGUAUGCCAUGUACAGUAGUAUGGAUUAUGGACGACAAGUGUUCGACAGAAUGCCUGAUCGAGAUGUUUGCUUGUGGAAUGUUUUGAUAAGAGGGUAUGCGAGGAACGGACCAUGUGAGGAAGCCUUGGCACUGUAUUACCAAAUGCAAGAGCAUGGUGUACAACCAGACAAAUUCACGUUUCCCUUCGUGCUCAAAGCGUGUGCAGAACUAUCGGCUUUGCAACAGGGGAAAAAGAUCCAUGAAGACAUUGUAGGACGUUGGUUUGAGAAGGAUAUCUAUGUGGGGAAUUCGCUUGUGGCAAUGUAUGCGAAAUGUGGGAAGAUUGAUAUUGCACGCGAAGUGUUUAACAAAAUGUCUGAAAGGGAUGUGGUUUCCUGGACUGCACUAAUUGAUGGGCUUGCGCAGAAUGGGAAUGACAGUGAAGCAUUGAUUCUAUUUGAUCAAAUGGUAGAGUCGGGAUUUGAGCCAAACCAGGUUACAUUACUGUGUGUGCUUCAGGCUUGCGGGCGCUUGGGAGCUUUGCAACAAGGUGAGUGGAUUCAUGAUAAAAUAAUUCAACGUGGACUUCUUUCAAAUGUUAAAAUUAGCAAUUCACUUGUGGCCAUGUACGCCAAAUGUGGGAAUGUAAGAGUUGCGCGCCAGCUAUUUGAUAGCAUGUCUAGAACUGAUCUGGUCUCAUGGAACUCAAUGAUUGCUGGAUAUUCUCAGAAUGGACAUGCCAGUGAAGCCUUGGAACUCUUUCAACAAAUGCAGCUUGCAAACGUUCGGCCCUGCUCACUAACCAUGGUGAGUUUGCUCCAAUCAUGUGCCCAUUUGAUAGAUCUAGGAAAAGGUGAGUGUAUCCAUGCUUAUGUUGUUCGAAGCGGUUUUUUGUCUGAUAUUGUUUUGACAACUGCUCUCGUAAACAUGUAUGCCAAAUGUGGGAAUAUAGCUAGUGCUAGGGAUUUGUUUGCAAUAAUGCCUAGAAGAAAUGAAGUUUGUUGGAAUGCAAUUAUUGCUGGGCAUGUCCACAAUGGAGAAUACAAUGAAGCCUUGACAUUCUUCAACCAAAUGCAACUAACAGACGUAAAACCAAACCAUGUCACCAUGAUAGGCAUUCUCCCAGCAUGUGCCCAUUUAGCUUCUCUGAAUCAAGGUAAGGUGAUCCAUGGUUACAUAAUUAAAAGUGGACUUGAGUCAGAUGUUCUUAUUGGGAAUUCCAUCAUUGACAUGUAUAAUAAGUGUGGUAGUCUAUGUAGUUCGCGAGAAAUGUUUAACAAAAUGUUUCAAAGAGAUGUUGUUUCAUGGAACACAAUUAUUUCAGGAUAUGGUAUCCAUGGGCGGGGUGAAGACGCCCUUGCCCUUUUUUCGCAAAUGCAACAGACAGACAUCAAGCCAGACUUCAUCACAUUUAUUUGUGUUUUAUCUGCUUGUAGUCAUGCAGGUUUGGUGGAAAAGGGUUGGAAAUAUUUUGAGUGCAUGGAUCUAGAAUAUGGCAUCACACCUAAUUCACAGCACUAUGCAUGCAUUGUUGAUCUUCUUGGUCGAGCAGGAUACCUGGAUGCGGCAAAGCACUUCAUUGAAAAGAUGCCAGGUAAACCUGGUGCUAGUGUGUGGGGUGCAUUGCUUGGCGCCUGCAGAAUUCACCACAACAUUUUGCUGGGGGAAUGGGUGGCAGAACACCUCUUUCAUUUAGAACCUGACAAAGCUGCACACCAUGUUCUGUUGUCAAAUAUAUAUGCUGCUGCUGGCCGGUGGGGUAAUGUUUCAAAGAUUAGAACAUUGAUGAAAGUUAAGGGCAUAAAAAGGUCACCGGGGUGCAGCCUGAUUCAUGUAAAUAACAAAAUUCAUUCAUUUAUUGUUGGAGAUACGUCCCAUCCUCAAUCUGUGCAAAUAUAUGAAAUGUUGCGAACUUUGACUAGGGAGAUGGAGAAUGCAGGGUAUGUGCCAAGCACGAAUUUGGUGCUGCAUGAUGUGGAGGAAGAGGUGAAGGAGCACAUGCUAUAUAGUUAUAGUCAUAGUGAAAAGCUUGCGAUAGCUUUUGGGCUUAUAAGUACAAGCCCCGGGAUGCCUAUCACAAUCAUAAAAAAUCUCCGUGUCUGUAUUGACUGUCAUGAUGCUACUAAAUUCAUUUCUAAGAUUGUCAACAGGGAAAUAAUUUUAAGGGAUUCAAAUCGUUUCCAUCAUUUUAAGGAUGGAUCAUGUUCAUGUAGGGAUUAUUGGUAAUGUUAAUGGCAACGGCAACAGAGAUAGGGACACAGAAAAUUUGUGUAUUUCGUCUUCCAUUAUACUGUCUGCAAGUAAUUGAAGCUAUUUUGGCUUCUUGAUGACCUUCCAGAACACUCCAGCAGCAGCCUGUGAUGCGCCCUCUAUGAUCAAGGACACAAUUCUUCCAAGCUCCUAAAGGAAGUCAGUCAAUAUUCAUAGUGUGCAUGACACAUUUAAAUUGGCAGUAUAAAUGGGCGCUUAAGCCAGGCACACCAUGACAGAAGAGACAACUGUAAUUUCAUCUAACGAAACUUGAGCAAACCAUACCAUAAGAAGUGCGUGUUAUCAGAAAAUAUGGGACCAGAAAAUUCACGUCAUUCAAUUGCAACGAACACCAUGAAAAGAAGAAUUCACUAGCUACUCAAUAUUAUUACAUUUGAUCCAUUGGGACGUGGUCUAUCGGUAAGAUGAUGUGUGCUCGUUGCAAAACUGACCCAACUUCAAAACCAGACAAGCGUGCCUCGAGUGAUGAGUUGCAUCAAAAGGCUGACCUUAGGGAUGAGUUUUAUGAAAAGGGAUCAGCACACCCUUAAGUUGGAUUCUCCGUUAGAAACGGCACUAAUUAAUUUUGAUAAUGGGGAGGCUCUCUUGGCUUCUUGCUUCUUGCAGAUUGGCUAUUCUUUAAUUGUAACCCGAGGGAUCUCUGCUUGUCUUCCCAGUUGUGGAUUUGAUAUUAUUUUAACUGUAUCCGGAGGUAGUUUCAAUCUGCUACGAUAAACAGGCCCUUUAUCUUAAACAAAACAAGCCUAAUAAAGUUCAUACAUAAUACAAAUCCAAGAUACU